CUCUACCUUUACUUCACAUCAGUCACUCUCUACUUCAUUCUCUACUUCUCUACCCUCGCGAAGGAUCGACAACUUGUUCAAGUACCAACGUUGGUUUGCUACCAGGCUCUACCUGAAGCCCGUCCUUUCGCUCUUGCACUCCUUUUGCUCGACGAUCUUCCAGAAUCUCGAUCACCAUCAUUCCUCUCGUUUAUCAUCGAAAACAUGAUAGCACAAGCUGCUACACGGCAUCAGCCAUCUCCGUUCUCUCCUCAUCCAAACCGCGGGCGUAAAUGCGUACCGUAUACACCGCAUACACCGGAGUCUGUCUAUUCUUCUCCCAUGUCUCCAUUCGCAUCAAACAUGCCAUACUUUUCUGAUUUCAAUAUCGAACAUCCAAUGCCACAGACAUGGCAACUGUCGUCGGCAACACCCAUGGAAUAUGAGACCCAACUCAUAGAUCCAGACAUACUUAAAAUGGGCAACUUAUUCGAGAAAGAUACAAUGGACAACCAACCCCAGGAGCUUGUUGUUCUUGGUGGCCCUGUUCGCAUUGAUUCGAUGAUGGAAUUUACCACAAUUGAAGAUCAACCACAAAGCUUCAUAUCCUCAGCAAGCUCGAAAUCUGGACCCUCGACAUCGCCUUCCAGCUCCAAUGAUUCCCGGACAUACACCUCGACUGAACAUGAGCGUGCUCGAAGUGCACACAGCAGUGAAACCCAGCCAUCUACUGGGCCAUCUGACAAAAUCCGGGAAAAAGUACCCCGUGACAAGGCAGAAAUUCAGCAACAGAAAGAAGAUACCGCUGCACUUAAGAAAGCUGGCGGCUCGUGUAUGGCGUGCUAUCGGGCUAAGAAGAAGUGUGGAACAACUACACCGUGUCCUCCAUGCAUUUCUAAGGCAUGCAUUUCUAAGGGUAAUCGAAUCUGCUUUCGAAGUUGGGGAGAUCUGUGCCUGCUUGGGCCGCCUACGGGAAACUCUCUUACUAUCCUUGGCUUCCCAUCCCAAGAGGCGAAAGAUCAUCUGCAACGUAUGAGUGAGGAGGCCUUUAAACACAUGAAUGCAUUCAACGCGAUUGUCAAUAUCCGCGAAACAUAUGGCGGAGACUGCACUGCAUGGCAUUGGACAGUAAAGAGGUCCAACAUCACACUAUCGAGUAAAGCAGAGUGCCCCGUCGAUGACUUUCUCGCUGGGGUGACCAGUGCCCUCCCCAUUGUGGAUCUGGUCAAAUUGAAUGAUCAAUACAAACCAAACACACUCGUUUGGCAUGCACUCAAAAUUGCACAUCAGUUUAUAGCCAUUCAAGGCUUGGCGCAGGCUCGAAUCCGUACGUCCUGGCUUGAAAUUAGCACCGGGAGACUCGUCUUGUUUUAUAUUUUGGUUCUCUCUUUCCGAAAGCUCGCAGAAAGGUCUCAGGAGUUUUGCCCUGUCCUGUACGUGGCUCUGUGUGGAAAGGACAAGCAGAACAAAAAAAGGCCACAGAAAGAAAGAGAGAUCGAUCACGCUUGGGUCGCCGCUGCAUUAUAUUACCGAGUUGUAUGUGGCUUGCAAGAUCUUCAAACCAACCCACUCAUUGCGAGAAUAUUUGGUCCCUCUAGCUAUCAUCUAAAUGGUGUUCGCGAAAAACUCGAAUAUAUCCUGCGCAAUGUGUCCCCCCGACACGGGUCUACGAACAAAUCUUCUAGUAGAGCGAUUCUUGAGGACGGAGUUCCCAAAAUCCCGUCAUGUCCAGAGAUCGAUAUGGCUUUCUGGCUGGGAGUGCCGGAUGACCCCGAGCAAAUGCAGUCCGUUUUGAGCCAGCCCGAGAGUCCAUUUUCGCCGCCAGCCUUCGAAAUGCCAGUGUUCUUGGCUGAUAAUUUCUCUCGGCCUGGGCGUGUGGCGAAUCAUGUUGAGCAGCACGAUGGGCACUCGCAAUCAAUGACUUCUCACGAUACAGUGAUUCCUCAACAGAAUGCCUUUGAUAAUAUGGUCUAUAUCGAUCAAAUCGAGAUAUUUGAAUCGAAUAGUCUAUCCACCGUCCUCGGAAACGAUAGCAUUGAUGCAUUUGAUCCAAUGGCUGUGACAUUUGUUGAUUCAAUGCCACUCGAUACAAUGCCACCCAAUGGCAAUUUCCCGCAAUCCCUGUACAAUUGUUGA